AGCAGCUACUGAGCACACCUCUUCAACCUUUGCACAACAUUUCUGCAUUUCAUAGACAAGCCAACAGAAAAGGUGGUUAAGGCUGAUGUGAAAUGUGUGAGCCACGGAGAGCUACACUGACAGGUGUCCAGAUCUGUGUCUACAGCAAGAGGUGUGUGACUCAUAAUUCAACUUAUGCAUGCACGGAUUAGGAUACCAGCACCAUUCAGCUAAUACUGACCUGAAGAAUCUCCCUUCACUCAAUCUUGCCACCAAGUUGAGCUCUGAAAGGUUAAACUCCUCAGUAGUCAACAGACAACUAACUCCCUCAUCUGGGGAGAUGCCAGCCCUACAGCAUCACCUCCAGGUCCUAUUUUAGCUUCAACCAGAUUAAGACAAUUUAACAUAAACAAAGGAAAACUUCCAGCUUCUGUUAAAAGGAGUUCAAGGGUCUGCUAGAUCUUGUAGAAAGAGAGCGACAUAUGUGUUUGAUUCGCCUGCAAUCCACGGUUUCAUGCUUGAGUUAAUGGUACCCCAGAGCAAGAGAAGAGCCUCAUUCAACAAGAACCAAACUGAGCCACAAACUAGAGGUCUCUUCCUAGAAGAGACUGCACGAAUAAGAGGCCAAGCUAGAUGGAACCAUCACUAAAUGAGACCGCUUUACCAACGGCAUCAAACAAUGGCACUUUGAUAGCCAAUCAGACCAGUCACCGCUGGGAGUUCUUUGUGGCUGUCUUGGUCACAGCUAUCUUCGUCAACGUUAUCAUUGCCAUUAUGGCUAAAUACAAGGUGUUUCGGCGCUUCCUGGCCAGCUACAGACACACACGGCUGAGGGAGGCUGAUUCUGUUAGCCACUGUGGCCCAUCAGCAUCAGAGGUGGGGUUUAAUAUGCAUGGAGGACUUGGAAUGGACCAUCACUGUAUGCCUCCACUGAGCGAAGAGGACGAUGACGGCUUCAUUGAGGACAACUAUAUCCCAACAAGUGAGAGAGAGAGGGCCGAGAGAGCAGCUGAGAACAUAGAUGAGGACACAGAGGAAGAGUUUGAUGACAUUGAGUUUAGCAUUGCUUAGCAGGAACAUCUCCAUCCACACCUUCUAAACCGACAUUUUUAGUUGUUGAGCCAGAACCAAGCUACCAGUUUCACUCCAUUUAUUCCUUUUCCUUGUGUUUCCAUCUUUUCUAUCUAAAAAUUAAUCAGUUGUUAACAACCGAUUAAAUGCACAAAAAGCAGUAAUUGGGGGGGUCAGCAUAUCCUAAGUAAACCUUCAGCUGUAAAAGCUAGUAUUACUCCUGUUAGCAGGGAUAACUGUUCACCAUCCUCUGAAAUCAGCUUGAUAAACUAUUCAUGACCACUUGUCCAUGCAAAAUUGCUUUAUUUGCAACAUAUAUCAAUUUCCCCACCAUCAUUUCAGAUUUUUUCCCCCUUUCCAUAACUCCAUUUCUUUCUCUUCCUUAGUAGACUUGAGAGUGUGCUGAGGCCUAUUUCCCCUUUACUCUAACUUACCUUUCUGUCAGUUAGCUCAUAGCUGAAUCAGUGAGUGAUCAGUGACAACCUGCCUAGGUACACAUCAAUACACUAGGUCGUGCCCAGGCGUUGUUGUACCAACCCUUAACCAUUAUGCUUGCAUUUGGAGUGUGCUAAAUACAGCACACACCAAAAUUAUUAUAAUUUUUUUAAACUAACUGAUUAGUUGAUUUGUUAGCUCUCAUACUACAAAUUACCUUUGUAUGGGAGCGCAUAACCAGAGUUAACUAAGACUAACAAUGAGAGCAUAUCUUGCUUUGCUCAGUGAGAGUACUUUUGUAUAGUAUAUAAUAGUAUAUAAUGUAUCACAAUUGCACUGCUUUCUUUUACACUCUUUUUUCUGAUUUUCUU